AUAAAAUCCAAUCAUUUAUACUCGGUCAUAGUUGAAACAACAAAUCGAAUCUGGUGUGCAGCGUAAAGUUCUUAAAGCGUGUAUAACAACGCUAUAAUGUAAAUAAAAUUUAUUGAAUAAUCAACGCGGGAUAAUCUUCGGAUAUAAUCAGAUCGUCGGUAAAUCAUUCGUCAAGAAAACUGUAAUUAAGGGGGAGAAACGGAGUGCAAUAAAAACAAACCACGGAACAAUGGAAUCCCCCUGAAUUUGGUCGACGCAGGAAAUUCUUGCCGAACGACCAAGUACCGAAGAAACACGGCCUAAGAAUUAGUCCCAAGCAGGCACUCCUACGUUCAACAAGCCGUCCAUCUCUUCAGCUAUGACCAAGUACAGCGUCACAGACGAGGAUCAAAACGAGGACGCGAGACAAGUUAGACUGACGGGUUUCACUCCCGCCGGAAAUCCAAACCCUCCAGCGACCGCUGAUCACGAUCACCACACACAGUCUCAACCGGAACUUGGUGACAGACUCAGCGCUCCCGCCCCCCAGGAAGCCUCCAAGAUCACUUUCGGCACCCCUGCAUCCGACGAUGUGGAACGAGGCAUGGCGUGUUCCUCAGGAGCAAAAUGGGUCUGUCACCGGAUACGAAGAUCGUGCACGAAGAAGAUACUUUACAGAAGAAUACCGAUGCUCGAAUGGCUUCCAAAGUACAACAGAGGGUAUGCGGUAAACGAUUUGGUCGCCGGUCUGACCGUCGGUCUCACUGUAAUUCCGCAAGCAAUUGCCUACGCAAGUGUGGCCGGGGUUCCUCCGCAGUACGGUCUCUACUCCUCCUUCAUGGCUUGCUUCGUUUACACGAUAUUGGGCCCGUGCAAAGACGUGCCUGUCGGUCCAACGGCAAUCCUGGCUAUCCUGACGAAGGAAACUUUGCACAAAGCUAACCUCGGGCCGGAAUUCGCCAUCCUGCUGACCUUUGUGUCGGGCUGCGUAAUGCUGCUGAUGGGCAUCCUGCAGCUGGGAUUCUUGAUAGACUUCAUAUCCGGCCCUGUUUCGGUUGGCUUCACCUCUGCCGCGGCGAUUAUAAUCGCGACAUCCCAAGUCAAGGAUAUUCUCGGGCUGAAUUUUACGGCAGCGAAAUUCUUACACGUCUGGCAAUCCAUCUUCGAACACAUAUCGGAAACUCGACUGUGGGACGCGGUUCUCGGUGUCGUCUGCAUGAUAGUUCUUCUACUGCUCAGGAAAUUAAAGGACCUCCCGAUCACACCGAAGGACGCUAAGGAACCGACGCCGUUCCAGAAAUCGAUCCUCAGUUGCCUCUGGUUCAUAUCAACGUCCAGGAAUAUAUUGAUAGUGGUUAUCUGCAGCGUCGGAUGUUACUUGAUCGAAGCCCACGCCGGCACUUCGCCAGUCAUCCUUACCGGCUACGUUAAGCCUGGAUUGCCCAGCUUCGAAACGCCGCCCUUCACCGGGGUUGGUGGUAACGAGACUUUCCUGCACUUCGCCGACACCCUCUCGGCUCUCGGAUCCGGAUGCUUCGUUUUGCCACUCCUCAGCCUCCUCGAGAGCAUCGCCAUAUCAAAAGUAUUCUCCAACGGCAAGCAGAUUGACGCAACGCAAGAGAUGUUGGCCCUGGGCACCUGCAACAUCGUUUCGGCGUUCGUAUCUUCGAUACCAGUUACAGGCGGUUUGAGCCGCGGUGCCGUCAACAAUGCUUCCGGGGUUAAAACCACGAUGGGCGGUGUUUACACCGGGCUGAUGGUCCUCCUGUCGUUGCAAUUUUUAACACCAUACUUCUACUAUAUACCCAAGACCGCUCUGGCAGCGGUAAUCAUAGCGGCUGUUGUCUUCAUGGUCGAGUUUCAAGUUAUCAAACCUAUGUGGAGAACGAAAAAAAUCGACCUAAUUCCGGCUUUCGCCACUUUCCUUUGCUGCUUGUUCAUAAGACUGGAAUUGGGAAUAGUUAUCGGUAUUGGAAUCAACCUGUUGUUUCUUCUUUACGCUUCUGCCAGACCGACGCUCAACGUUCGCAAAGCAACGAGCGCCAGUGGGUGUGAAUACCUCGUAAUCACCCCUGACAGAAGCCUGGUCUUUCCCAGCGUCGAAUACGUGAGGGCAGUUGUCAGUAAACAGGGAUUACGACAAGGAAAAACCGUUCCCGUUGUCAUAGACUCGACUCACAUACAAGCUGCCGAUUUUACAGCCGCCAAGGGUGUCAAAAUUCUCGUACAAGAUUUUGCUAGUCGCGGACAGCCGCUGUUAUUCCAUAACUUGAAACCAAGCGUUGUGGAAAUAUUUCGCGGUGUAAAACCGUCCGAUCUUCGAUGCAGCGCAAGCGAAACUGAAUUAAACGACUACCUCAAAGGUGAGAAAUUUAACGAUUAUGAAUUUCAUAUUGGAUUUAUCAGCGGUAUUUAGAAGCGAUAUGACUAAUAAUUAACGUUGAUUUCAUUCAUUUUAGAAUUCUCCAACUUAUCAACGACUCCGGUAACGAGACACUGAGAAACUGAGUCCACCACAAGUAUG